UCUAGAAGUAGACUGAUAACAGAUAUCACGCUCAGUUCUUAGUAAACUUUCCAUACAUAGACGCAUCAGUUUUUAGGCUAUAAUUUAUAUUCAUGGUUUUCCCCCCGGUGUUUUCAUCAUUUUACUACUAUUAAGUGUUAACUGGAGUAACACUGCUUUUCAAAGAUGUGGUUAUUUUUAUCAAUGUGUGCACUGGUUAAAGCUUUCCAUGCAGAUUUCUCGGAAACAGGAUCUGGUGUCCAGGACGCAGAGGGGUUCAACACAUAUCUGAAUCUUUUCACACAAAGAGUGGAUUUACUUGAGCAGCUUUCAGGCUUAGUACCAACCAGCAGGAACGUCACCCUUUAUGAGGAUGACAAGGGAUGUCCAGUGCUGGACAUUGGCCUGUAUUCCACACUCACCAUGCCCUCCCAGGAAGCAUUUGGAUCAAGCUUUGCAGAUGAAUUUAGUCUUCUGAUUCAGCUGCGGAGCUCACAAGAAGAGGACCGGAGUGUGUUGACUUUGCUGAACUUCUAUAAUCACAUUUUACUCCAGAUCCGUAUAGGCCCUGACAGCAUCACCUUCAUCACCACACAGCAGCGUGACUAUGAGUUUUCAGUGUCAGGGCUGUCUGACUCGCAGUGGCACUGGAUCUCAGUUGGAGUUGCAUUUGAAUGGCUGUCUGUGUAUGUGGACUGUGUGCUGGUGGAGAAAGUUAGCUGGAUGUACCCGUACAUGGGCAUCACUACGGAUGGCUUACUGAUGAUUGGGGGAAUCCUGGAGGGCUUUGAGACACCCUUUGAGGGAGAGCUGAGACAGGUGACCUUCAUAAUGGGAGAAGCAAAUGCUGCCAAGGAUCAUUGUGCUCUUCAUCAGCAUAUGUGUGAACCUGUGAAAGAACGUGGCUUUCUUAAGACAGAAAGUAACACUGAGAGCCCGUUGUCGUCCUCAGCUGGCUCAACAACAGACAGACCUUUCUCAUCAGAUCCCUCUACUGGCAGAGAUGAGACUGCCAAUAUACAUUCAGUUCCAGGGCUCCGGCCUGAACCCAGAAAAUCACAUGGUUCGAACUCCAGUGUCUCUUCUAAGAAUGAAGAUCUUCGUAGUGAGUGGGACAUGGCGUCUAAUCCGAACAGAACUGCAAAGCAUUCGGUUCGUGGCUUUGUAGUGGUGGAUGAGUCUGACCUUCUCACGUCUCCCGCUGUCAGCACACAUAGCAGGUAUAAGGACACCAGUGACAAAAAGAUCCAGUCCACCACCUUCAAAUCAUCAGAGGAGAACUUAAACACUCAAAAACUGAAAGCAGAUUUGGGUGGAGGCCAUCUUGAGCGGCUCCCUUUGAAGCCCUCUGGGGACAUUUCUGACCUGGAUUCUAUUUUGAAUGUAAAGACAUCAGCUGGUCAGAAGGAUCUGGUCAGGCCUACAGUCCAUCCUGAGUUAAGCCAGCUGACUGAAGAAGGUUUCUUACUUCCUUCAAAGGGCUUCGAAGUAGAUAAAAAGCCUUUGGUCAGUGUUCACUCAAAAAAAGGAUAUGAAUUGCUUGUAGGCAAAGGACAAGCUGACUACAAGCACUCAAGCAAGAAAGGAGUUGCAUUUAAACAUGGUGAUAUUAUAUUAGGCAUGGAUGGAAGGAGAUUCCGGCUCCUCGGUGGACCUCCUGGGCCUGUUGGACCACCAGGGAGAACAGGGUGCGCAGGCAAAAGGGGCUAUAUUGGAUACAAGGGUGAUAAGGGUUCUCAAGGAGACGAAGGAGCUGAUGGGCCAAGAGGCAUACCAGGACCUCCAGGUCCACCAGGACUCCCAGUCCUCUACCUUUUGAGGAAUACAGAGGAGGAUUGGGCUGCAUUUAAAAGAACACAUUAUUACCAGUUGCUGGCAGCUGGAUGGCCCAGACAGACAGGACACCCUGGACCAAUGGGUGAAACAGGGAGACCUGGUUUACCUGGAUUGCCUGGAGACCCAGGUCAGACAGGACCACCAGGCCUAAGAGGCGAAAUGGGUGGCAUUGGACCAAAGGGUGUUCGAGGCAGAGCAGGGACUCAAGGAAGAGACGGAGAGAAAGGUCCAGAUGGGGUGACAGGAUCUCCAGGGGUUCCUGGCCUACAGGGUCCUCGUGGUUACAAAGGUGACACAGCGCCCCCCGGUGAGAAAGGAGAUGAGGGUUUUCCUGGUGCUCCUGGCCUCAGAGGAGACAAAGGACAGACUGGCCUGAAGGGCUCCAAAGGACAAAUUGGGUUUACUGGCUUUUCUGGUCCUCCAGGACCGGUUGGUUUACAAGGUGUUCAAGGGAUUCCUGGACCACCUGGUCCUAAGGGGGAUCCAGGACAUGAUGGAAAACGUGGUCCUCCAGGGACAGUGGGAGCACCAGGUGCUACAGGAUUGGUUGGUGCACAAGGUGUUAAUGGCUCAGAAGGGGACGCUGGCCCUGCUGGCCCUGUGGGGCGGAAAGGUCCUCAGGGGCCUAGAGGGAUCGAGGGAGACAGGGGUCCACCUGGUUAUCCAGGAUCACAGGGUCUUCAAGGUCAGGCUGGUCCACAGGGUCUCAAAGGUGACAGAGGGCCAGAGGGUCCAGCAGGUAACAGAGGGCUACAAGGCAUUGAAGGGCCCAUGGGUACAACUGGAGAUCCAGGUCUAAAAGGCUUUCCAGGUGUCACAGGUAGUAGGGGACCAGAUGGAGAGAAGGGUGACAGAGGACCCAAGGGGAAAAAAGGACUAAAAGGAGCAUCAGGGAUCAUGGGUCCACAGGGUGAAAGGGGCCAGUCAGGCCUUCCCGGUUUCCCUGGUGUCAAAGGUCAGCCAGGUGCUCCAGGUGUCCAGGGUAUAAAUGGUGAAGUAGGUCCUCAGGGAACACUUGGAAAAGAGGGUCAAAAGGGCAGCAGGGGUGAACCUGGUGAUAAUGGAAGAACGGGGCUCAGAGGAUCCAAAGGUCGAGCUGGCCAACAUGGUCCCCCUGGUGUACCUGGAAUAGUGGGUUUACGAGGUCCAGUUGGUGCUGAGGGACCAGAAGGAAAGCCUGGUACACAGGGAGUUUCUGGUUCUGUUGGAAGCCCAGGGGAUAAAGGACCUAAUGGCCUGAAGGGGAUGAUUGGAGAACCAGGAAAACAAGGCCCUCCGGGCUCACAGGGCUCACCUGGACGUCCAGGCCAAGAUGGCACUCUAGGUCCUCCUGGUGAGAAGGGCUUCACUGGAAAACCAGGCAUUGCAGGUGCUCAAGGGCCUGUAGGCAUGUAUGGUUAUCCAGGAGCCACAGGCAUUCGUGGACAGCCAGGUCACAUUGGAGAGAGGGGUGAACCUGGCAUCAGGGGUCCUCUGGGUCCACCGGGGCAAAGAGGUCCACCAGGUUUACGAGGCCCGGCUGGUGAGAGGGGCCCACGUGGACCACCGGGUCGUCAAGGGGAAGCAGGACCUGCUGGCUUGCGAGGACUGCCUGGGCCCUCAGGACUGCCAGGGAUUGAAGGAGUAGCUGGAAAGCCGGGCCCCCCAGGGAGCCAGGGGCCUCGGGGGCCACAGGGAAAACAAGGACCAAUUGGAUUGCCAGGUUCACCAGGAACAAGUGGAAUGGUUGGUCAAGCAGGAGAGAAAGGAGGGCAGGGAUUGCCAGGACCUUCAGGUGACCCUGGAUCCAUUGGAUUGGAUGGACCACAGGGCCAUCCUGGUCCAGUUGGUUUUGAGGGGCCAACAGGGCUAAAAGGAGAACAUGGAUCACCUGGACCCAUUGGGAAGCCUGGUCCAAAUGGCCAUCAGGGAGAACAGGGACCUCAGGGUUCUCAGGGAAUGCAGGGCGCACCAGGACCACGUGGCAAAGAGGGAGGUAUUGGACCUCCAGGUGAUAUUGGUGAUCCUGGGCCUAAAGGACAAAAGGGUGACCCUGGACAUCGAGGAUUCUCUGGACAACAAGGCCCAUCUGGAUUUCUGGGGGACAGAGGAGCGAGAGGACUGAAGGGGAAUAAAGGCUACAUUGGACCACAAGGUCAGAAUGGAUUGAUGGGAAAGCCUGGUCCAUCAGGUUUGAUGGGUCUAGAGGGUUUGAUAGGCCUUCGGGGACCACCAGGAGCAAAUGGUUUACUAGGCCCAAAGGGGGAAACUGGAUCACCUGGGGCACCUGGCCAUCCAGGAGAUCAAGGCAAUCGGGGAAUAGCUGGGCAGAGAGGCUUACAAGGGGUUAUGGGGAAGGCAGGACCUCAGGGAGCCGUGGGUCCCAGAGGCCCUGAGGGCUUAUUGGGUCCAAAGGGUAUGCCGGGACAAGAGGGACCUAAAGGUGAACCAGGAAGACAAGGACCUCCAGGACAAAUGGGACCACCGGGACUUCCUGGUAACAAAGGACCCUCUGCAUUACUAGGAAAUGAGGGACUUCCAGGGGAAAUGGGAGGUGAUGGCCCUGUUGGCCCACCAGGGCCACAAGGUCCAACUGGCAAAUCUGGGCCUCAGGGAAGGGAUGGACCGAAAGGUCAUAAGGGAAAUGAUGGUCUGGAUGGACCUCCUGGAAAACCAGGGCAUGCUGGGAAGAGAGGGAAAAAGGGAAAAGCUGGUCAGAGGGGUCUCAGAGGAUCUAGAGGGGAGAAGGGCCAACAGGGAGCAAUGGGAAAUAUUGGACCUCCUGGCAGACCAGGACAAAAUGGUUUACCAGGUAUUCGAGGCGAGAAAGGAGAGAGCGGUGAAAAGGGCUUUGAGGGAAAGAAAGGGGAACUUGGGCCACUUGGUCCUCCAGGGGGAGAUGGACUGAAGGGGGAGCAGGGCCUAACCGGGGAAAAGGGGAGACAGGGGCUGAAGGGAGAGCAGGGGGAUAUUGGCCCAACCGGUCAAAGAGGGACCCCAGGUUUACCAGGGAUGCCAGGCCUGUUUGGAGAAAAGGGUUUAAAAGGAUAUCCAGGACUUACUGGUCCAAAAGGAAAGAGUGGACCUCCUGGUCCACCAGGUCUUUCAGGUCCACCGGGCUUAUCUCUGAACCUAACACUGACUCAGCUAAAAGACCUCAUGUAUCUCUCUGACAAGUCCAACUAUCCACUUAUUAAGACCCUGCUGGACUCCCUUCAGCAAGACCUGCGAUUCUUCAUAGAUCCUCCAGAUGGCACUAAGGAGCAUCCAGCCACCACCUGCUUAGAGUUGAUGCUCAGUCACCCCAACUUUACCAGUGGAAUGUAUUAUAUCGACCCAAAUCAGGGCAGUCCUGCUGAUGCUUUGCUGGUAUAUUGUAACUUCGGUGCAGGUGGACAAACAUGUUUGCCACCCCUGCAGCCAAAGAUCCCCAUGAAAUCUUGGCUCAAAGACACCAUGCCAGACUCAUUUACAUGGCUGAGCACUAUAGAUGGUGGCUUUCAGUUCGAUUACAUGGAAACUGGCGUGGUACAAAUGAGAUUCCUACGACUCAACAGCAAGUUUGUGAAGCAGAACAUCACUUUUUCAUGCCAGCCAAACAGCCACCAGGGCUCCAAUGAAAGAGACAUUAAGUUCCUUGCAGAUUCAAGAAGACAGAGCUUUUUGGGAACAUUACUGGAUUGUGAACCUGUAGGGUCACCGGAUACAGGUCCUCGAGAGUCUGUGUUCCAGUUUGAGACUGAAGACCUGGAGCUUUUACCAGUCAGAGAUCUGGCUUUAUUUGACCACAGUGACACAACAGAACCAUUUGAGUUUACUGUAGGACAAGUCUGCUUCAGCUAAAACACACAAACACAUUUGAGGACUUGCUGAGCUGUUGUGCAGAGCCCUUACUGAUAGCUCUCUGCUGAGACAAGAAUCAGAGCCAAGAACGAUCAGGACUUUACUCUACUGUUCUCCAUCUGCUGUGGGAAUGGAGGUUCCUAAUGAAGUUUUCACCUUGAGUUUACAGUGUACCUUCCGUACAAUAAACUGAUUUGUUGUCUAGUGGCAACAGCAAUCUCAUGAGGGGAUGUAAUAUAUUGUUUACAAUGCUUGUUUUCUGUUAAAUAACUGAUUAUUUAUGUAAUGUCAGGAUGUUACUCGUCAUAUUUUAAGAGCAGUACACUUCCACAAACCAUGAUUUCCUCAAAAAAGCCCUUUAAUUCAGGUUUUGUUGCACCUUAUUACAAAGAGCACUGUGAUAUACACUACAUGGCCAAAAGUGUCUGAACAUUUUAACACCAAGGUGUGCAUGAUGAACGUUUAAUAUUAAAACCUUUCGCAUUAAUAGGUAGUUUAUCCACUCUAUACUGCUGUACCAGCUUCUGUUCUUCUUGGAAGGCUUUUAAACAUAUGCAGAGAUUUGCUGUCACGUUUGGCCAUGUGAUGUAUGUGGCACUCAAAUCUGAUACUAUUUAAACAAUGUUCCUCGAACAUACAAUAUACUGGGCACUGCUUGUGAAGACUAAUAACAUGAAUUAAUUAGUAUAAGAAUAUUUUGGUCAGACAGUUGCUGUUGGACCAUUGUUUAUGGUGGAUCUAAUGGAAUUCACUAUACAUUAAUUAACACACUAUGAUUAUUGUUUCUGAAUAAUACAUUGUUUUUCUUGUGUGCAAAUAGCAAAAAGAGUCCCGUUAAAAAGUAAUGACAAUUUAACUCAUUGUAAAAGUAGCUCAUUGCAAUCUGUUUUUAUAACAAACUGAUUUUAUUCAAAAGAGUGUGUUUUAUUGUUGGGUAUGUUAUGGUUGCCUUAGUAAAAACCAAAAGAAGUCCUCAAGGGUUUGUGUUCUUUCAGGUUACUGUAUGCACUUAAAAUGCCUUCAGCAUGAAUUAUAAUAACAGCAAGGAAUUUUUUGUGUGUUUUUUAAAGUUGGGAAGUGCACGUUAAUAUUUUUAGGAAUCAGGACACUGUUAAUGGUAAAACCUAAGUAUUGUAAAUGUUACUUUGCCAAGGAAACCCCCAGAUAAAAACAUAAAAAAACGUAUAAAUAUCUAAAUGGCUUAAUAUAAAAAUAUGAAAUAAUUAUAUUCAUCACCGUUCAA